AUGUCCAUUUUCCUGGAAACCGCCAAAAAGACGACGCAGGGUUUUGGCGACAGUCUUCUUCCCAGUUUGGACGACCUCGCAUUCAUGCUGCUAGUCGGACUUUACUCCUGCCUCAUAUUUCUUCUCUUCAUCCACAUCGCCGAUCUGUGUCUCGAGAGAAACCGCGGCCCAGACGGCUUGAUUGCACAGCAGCGCCGUAUCCGCAGGGCAGAACAACGAAGGCUGCGCGUGGCCGAGCCUCUGCCUAUCUACGUUGAAGAAGACCCUAUGGAAUGGGGACGUUUGCACCCUGAUGUGGGUGCUCAGUCAUCGCCACCCGCGUACUACACGAUUGUCAUCGAGCGACCCCCUUCUAAUGAGGAGCGGAUGCGGGUUGGAAGCCGAACAAACGGCGACACCGCUGUUUUGCCGCCACCUUAUGUCGAGCAGGAGGUUCAAACUUUUGAAGCAAACAUGCCGGAUGAUGUGGUGUACAUGGUUUGA